UGUCACCAGUCUCAGUGCUAGUGUGCGUCCAGUGAGAGAAGAAGAAGGCAGCAGGCUGAGAAGGCGGAAGAAGAAAAUAGUUUGUUUUAACGACAUUUUUGUACGUUUUAUUCUUUGUAUUAUUGCCGCGCUGUAUUCUCGACCGUGUAUGCGGUCAAAAGCACACUUUGAGUUCGGAACAAAAAGCCGUCCAGCAUGGCCGCGGUCGACGUGGAGGACGAGAGUAUUUUAGCCUCCAUUUUCCAGGAUAGUUUCCCGGACAGCUGGAGGGACAAGCCGGACUUGGCGGCCUACUUGUCCGAGCUCAGCUCCUUCGGCGUGGACAAGCUGGGCCGAGAAGAGGAGCGCCUGGCGGAGGAGAGGGCCCACAUACUGCAGCAGACCCGGGAAUUGGCCUUCUCCAACUACCAGACCUUCAUCAAGACCGCCGACUGCACGGAGCACAUCUACCGAGACUUUGGCCGCGUCGAGUCCAGCGUGUCCCGCCUCCUGGACAAGCUGCCCGCCUUUGGACAACGAUGCAGGGUGUUCGUGAAGGAGGCGGAGCAGAUGGCGGCCAGUCGCCGCAUGAACAGCCUGACGCUGAACCGACACACGGAGAUCUUGGAGAUCCUGGAGAUCCCCCAGCUCAUGGACACAUGUGUUCGGAACGCGUACUACGAGGAGGCGCUGGAGCUGGCCGCCUACGUCAGGAGGCUGGAGAAGAAGCACGCCGCGCUUCCUGUCAUCCAGGGCAUCGUGCGGGAGGUGCGGCAGUCGGCCCAGUUGAUGCUGGUGAGCCUGCUGCAGCAACUGCGGAGCAACGCGCAGCUCCCCGCCUGCCUCCGAGUGGUGGGCUACCUGCGCCGCAUGGACGUCUUCACGGAGGCGGAGCUACGCGUCAAGUUCCUGCAAGCCCGCGGCGCCUGGCUGCGCUCCGUGCUUGACGCCAUUCCCGAAGACGAUCCCUACACGCACGCCAGCAAGACCGUGGAGGCGUGCAGGGUGCACCUCUUCGACAUCAUCACGCAGUACCGCGCCAUCUUCUCUGACGACGACAACGACGAGGAACCGCCGCCGGGCCGGGCGGUGGUGAACGAGGCGGCCAUCUUCCACGGCUGGGUGCUCCAGAAGGUGUCUGACUUCCUGGAGACUUUGGAGCGGGACCUGCAGCGCGGAGUCGGAGGGCGCCUGGACUCCCUGCUGGGUCAGUGCAUGUACUUCGGCCUGUCCUUUAGCCGGGUGGGUGCGGACUUCCGCGGGCAGCUGGCGACCGUGUUCCAGAAGGUGGCGGCCGAGGCCUUCCAGAAAGCCACGCAGGAGGCGGUGGAGCAGUUCCAGGAGGACAUGAACGCGUACACCCUGGUGGCUUUGCCCUCCGUGCUGGGUGGGACUGCCCCGCCGUCCGCCCCCGGGGUCCAGCCUGGAGCGCUGCAGCCCCCCAUGAGCCUCCUGGACUUCCACCCUCUGGCCCGCUUUCUCAACAACAUCCUGACUUCCUUCAACGAGCUACGCCUCUGCUGCCCCCUCGGCCUCGCCCGCCACGUCACCGCCCUCCUGCAGGACGCUCUCCGCACGGUGACGCAGCAGCUGGUGGCGUUCCAUCGCGCAGAGGAGUCGGCCUUCAGCGAGCGCGAACGGGAACUCUUCACGCGCAUGUGCGGCGUCUACGCCCGCGACCUUCUGCCCUUCAUCAACCAAUGCCUGAAGACGCUCUUCCCUCCCCAGCAGAUGGCGCUGGUCCUUGGCGUUCCGGUCUCCCAGCUGCACACGUUGGAACGCUUGGGCCGAGUGGACCUGGAAGAGCUGCUGGAGCCGCUGGGAUUCGUGUUGCCGCCGCAAGCGGACUUCAACGCGGAGCAGAGUGGCGCCACGUCGGACUCCUUGUCGCCAGAACUUACGAGCGACCCGGAUCCCGUGUCUGCAAAGUCUGUUCCUGGAGAGACUGAACCGGACAAAAGCGCUGAAAUCCCCGAGGAAGACGUCGAGCAACUGGAUGAAGCGUUGUCACGGAAACCAGAACUGUGAGCCUGUUUUUCAACAAGUUGGAAGGACGGUUAUUGGCUUCAUCAUGAUUGGUAUAUUUUUACGGUGAAUAAAUCAAAGAGGGUGAUUCAA